GGAAGCCCCAGCCCAGCCCAGCAGGAAGACAAUAAUUUUUUUCGCCCCGGAUGCAUACAAAAGCUCCGGGGUAAAUUUGAGAAAUAAUUUUAGUUUUAGGUAGAGCAAAAGCAGUAAAAUGCCCUUAUUUGAGGCGUUGGGAAGCGGCGGAGAGAAGACUGCCGUGGUCAUUGACUUGGGAGCAGCGUACACAAAAUGCGGCUUCGCGGGAGAAACGGGGCCCAGGUUCAUCAUUCCGAGCGAGAUCCGGAAACCGGGACAGCAACAGGCCAUCAAAGUAGUUCAGUACAACAUCAACACAGAAGAGCUGUAUGUCAACCUCAAAGAGUUUAUCCACAUGCUUUACUUCAGGCACCUGCUGGUGAACCCUCGCGACAGAAGAGUGGUCAUCAUCGAGUCCAUCCUCUGCCCGUCCCACUUCAGGGAGACCCUCACCAAGGUUUUCUUCAAACAGUUUGAGGUGCCCUCUGUGCUGUUUGCCCCAAGUCACCUCAUGUCCAUCAUGACCCUGGGUAUCAACUCUGCCCUGGUGAUGGACUGUGGCUACACUGAGACGCUGGUGCUGCCUGUCUAUGAGUGCACCCCUAUUCUGCCAGCUUGGGAGGCUUUGCCUUUGGGUGGGAAGGCCAUCCAUAAAGAAAUGGAUGGACUUCUUGUGGAGCAGUGCACAGUGGACACAGACUCCAGCAGCGGACAAAGUGUGCCUACUGUCAUCGGGACAAUCCCAGAGGAGAUCAUUGAGGACAUCAAGGUGAGAACAUGUUUCGUUAGUGACCUGCAGAGAGGCUUCAAGAUCCAAGAAGCCAAGUUUAACCUGGAUGGCACAGCUGAACGCCCUGCUCCACCCCCUGAUGUUGAUUAUCCAUUGGAUGGAGAGAAGAUCCUUCAUAUAAAGGGAUCCAUCAGGGACUCUGUGAUGGAGAUCCUCUUUGAGCAGGACAACGAGGAGAAGAGCGUGGCUUCUUUAAUACUCGAUGCUCUCGUCAAGUGCCCCAUUGACACACGUAAAGUGCUCUCUGAAAACCUGGUAGUAAUUGGAGGCACAGCCAUGCUGCCAGGCUUCCUGCAUCGUCUGCUGGCAGAGAUACGCCUCCUAGUGGAGAAACCGAAGUACCGCGACAUCCUGGCUACAAAAAGCUUCCGCCUGCACUCCCCACCUGCCAAGCCCAACUGCACUGCCUGGCUCGGAGGUGCCAUCUUCGGCGCGCUGCAGGACAUCCUGGGCAGCAGAUCGGUGUCCCGGGACUACUACAAUCAGACGGGCCGCAUCCCAGACUGGUGCUGCCUUAGCUCUCCUCCCCCUGAAUCUGUUUUCGAUGCAGGGAAGACCCCUCCUCCACUCAUGAAGAGAGCUUUCUCCACAGAGAAAUAGACCUUCAAAAAUCCGCUGUCACCUCAUAUCUCAAACAAUCUACUCCUGUCACCCCUUCCUGGUAGAACAGUUCAGUAAUCUUGGAUGUAACAUCUCAACACAAACCUGGUUAACGUGUUUUACCACAUUAAACGGUUGUUCUUAAUAUCUAGUUGCCAUCUGCAUAGCUGUUGUAUGCACUGAUCCUGGACUGUUGGAUAAUAGGCGAUGUAAGAUACAGUGGAGGGUAAGAUAUUCUCCUUACCAGGUAGGAGUGAGUUGAAGCAGUUACUUAAGAUGGCCACUCAUUGGUGUUUUUCAAAGUAAUGCUCCACUCGGUGUUAAUAUCAGGGGGUAUGUGAUCACAGCAUUUUCAGUUUGAAGUGUCUCUCUGUGCCACUUCUUGUACUGUAUGUCCCUUUUAGUAUAUAAGAUGUUAUGUAAUCCCAACACUAAAAAACAUUUGAAUUGGGACUGGGCUAGUUGUUUUCAUUUAUGACACUCGCAUUAUAGACGGUGGUCUGUAUGUUAGUGUGAGCUGCUGUCUGUGAGAUGUCAGGGAUGAGACUGACAGACCUAGAAGGCUUUGUGUGUGUGUGUGUGUGUUUUAGUGCGAGAGAUCAUCCCAUAAAUGUAAGAUCACAGUCAGUCCCAGAAACGACUAGUAUGCCCAUCAUUCGCUAUCAUUAUCCUGCUCUGUAAAAGUAUCACAUUGACCUGAAAAACACUUUCAAAGCAAAUUUGAAGGAAGCACCAGAAACCAAGUGUUUUCUUUUCCCGUGUCUCAUGUAUAAUAGGGUGCAGAAAUCUGUAUUUCUCAAGGCAAGUCCCAUGCAUUUUUUUUUUUUCAAAAUCAGUGUUUUGCUUAUUUAUUGUUUGUAUCUUACAUUGUAAAGUGGUUGUUAGAUUCAUUAAAACAUGCAGCCAAUGGCAUCUUGCCCUGUAACCCUUAAAUACAAAUACUAAAAAAUAAAUGUUACUGGAAUCCUCAAACCCUC